CUGUGAUGGUGAUGGUGGGCACUAGGGGGCGCAGAGUGCAGCAGUAAUAGUGCGUGGGAUGGUGGUGAGUUGUUUGAUGGGUGGGGAGAGAGUAAGCCAGUCCUGCUGUACAGCAUCCCUCUCUGUGAGAGGUGUGGUGGUGUGUGGAGAGUGUAUCUGAGAGUGUGAGGGUGGAGGUGUGAGGGUGGAGGUGUGCAGGAGUGCCUCCAUGUCCGCUGCCCACGCGGGGGGUCAGGGCUCUGGGGGGAACAUGGGCAUCUCUCAGACCCACGCGCCACCCGUCAUCGAGGAGGGGGAGGACGUAAAUUUUGACCACUUUCAGAUUCUCAGAGCGAUUGGAAAGGGCAGCUUUGGAAAGGUGUGUAUUGUACAGAAGAAGGACAGUAAGAAGAUGUUUGCUAUGAAAUAUAUGAAUAAACAGAAGUGUAUUGAGCGAGAUGAACUCCGCAACGUCUUCAGAGAACUGCACCUCCUGCAGGAGCUCCAGCACAGCUUCCUGGUGAACCUGUGGUAUUCGUUUCAGGAUGAGGAGGACAUGUUUAUGGUUGUGGAUCUGCUACUGGGUGGAGAUCUUCGUUACCACCUGCAGCAGAACGUCCACUUCAAAGAGGAGACAGUGAAGCUGUACGUCUGUGAGCUCGCCCUCGCCCUCCACUACCUGCAGUCCUGCCACAUCAUACACCGAGAUAUUAAACCAGAUAAUAUUCUCCUGGAUGAACAAGGUCAUGUCCAUAUUACAGAUUUGAACGUGGCUACAGUGCUGAAGGACAGUGAAAAGGCCUCGUCUUUAGCCGGGACUAAACCGUAUAUGGCCCCGGAGAUGUUCCAGUCGUUUGUGGAUGGUGGUCCUGGUUAUUGGUACCCUGUGGACUGGUGGGCUCUGGGAAUCACAGCGUUUGAGCUCCUGAGGGGAUGGCGGCCGUAUGAUAUUCACUCCAGUACGACGGUGGACGAUGUGCUGAAUAUAUUCCGGGGUGAUCGGGUGCGCUACUCGUCUACCUGGUCGAAGGGUAUAGUGACUCUGCUUCGCAAGCUGCUCACUAAAGACCCUGAGAGUCGACUGUCGAGUAUUUCGGACCUCCACACUCUUCCCUACCUGGCGGAUGUAAACUGGGACGCCGUGCUGGAAAAAGCUGUUCCACCAGGAUUCACACCGAACAAAGGGCGUCUGAACUGUGAUCCGACGUUUGAGUUGGAGGAGAUGAUUCUGGAAUCGAAGCCGCUGCACAAGAAGAAAAAGCGUCUUGCCAAAAACAAAACCUGCAGCCCACUGUCCCCCCAUCUACAGCAGGGUCUAGAUGCUGUCUCACAGGAGUUCACCAUCUUCAACAGAGAAAAGUUAAAGAAGCAGGGCGACAAACAGCAGAACUGACAAAACACAGACAUUCAAAACUAAAACUGACCUUAAACUAAACCUGAUUCACAGCUAAAACUGUUCUACACCUAAACUGAAGGUGGCGACGCAGACAGAGGACAGGUGUGCUCACAGCGCCUCUCCAUCACUGACGGAUGGCUGGGGCAUCACUAAGUUCAGAACCUGCGGCCUUCUGGUAACAAAGUGCUGCAAUACGACUGCUGGUCUCAGAAUUAUGUUUUUGCUGGACGGUUGUAGCAUGUUUACACAGGAAACACACACACACACACACACACACACACACACACACACACACACAUACAUACACACACACAUACAUACACACACACAUACAUACAUACACACACACAUACAUACACACACACAUACACACACAUACACAUACACACACACACAUACACAUACACAUACACACACACAUACAUACAUACACACACACACACACACAUACACACACACAUACAUACACAUACACAUACACACACACACACAAACAUACACAUACAUACACACAUACACAGCAUGGAAUACUCAGCACAAAACCAGCCCCUUGCCUUACAGUGUAUUUCAGUUUGGUUCAGACUGAGUUGGUGAGAAAGAGAGAGAGGGAGUGGUUUCACUGUAGCCAAUUAGCAUUAGCCACUAUUAGCAUGUGUGAUCCGCUCUGCUAACUCCUGAUUCUGUCUUGAAUAAACCCUCCAAUAAAGUGUAUGCAUCUUCUGUA